AUGACUUCUCGGGCAUACAUGAUAAUGCUAAAGAACCUCUGUCUAAUUAAAACUGAUGUGGGGGCGCAAAGAUGUGGCAAAGUUGAUAGUAAUAGUAGAGGAGAAGAUCGAAACAAAAGGCCGGAAGGGAAAGUGCAAACAUGCAUUGCGAGAUGUCAUGACAACAGGGGUCCGAAAGCAGGGGGGUCGUGCCGGACAGAGGGCCGAGGUGUUGGGGACGGGAACGGGGAGAAGGGGAAGGUGCGGGGGAAGGGGUAG